CUGUAAGGCCCAAGGAGGUGCCACUUUUGUCAAAAAAAUAUUUUUUGCUGUUUUCCUUUUAAUUAGAGUCCAAAGAACACACUCUCGAAGAAAUUUUUCGUUUGGCACUGUUUGCUGCACGAUUUCUGAUGUGUCGCACCGGUGCGACAUUGGGUUCCCUGAGUACGCGUGUGUGCUUUUCUUAUUUUGAGUCACAGAGAGACCAUGACGGUUGUUUUCGAGUGUCAGACAUGUAAUUGAAAUGGCGCCGUCGAAAAACUGCGUCUUUUGUAAUAUUCAGCUGAGCAAAUUGCGACGUAAGUUGGCUAAGAAGUCUAAUUUUGCUAAAAUUCGACAAAAAUCUUGUUCUAUCAUUCCUAAGGUGUUGUGGGGGUAGUUACUCCGACAAAACAGUGCAAUAAGUCCAUUCCAUUUCAAAAACCCAAAAAUUUCAUGUCACUCCGUUGGUUUUGACAUGUCGCAUUGGUGCGACAUUGGGUCUUCAGGAUUUGGCUUCGUACCAGACAAUGAACACUGCAUAGCAAUGAAUUCAUACAUCUUUUCAGGAUGCUCGAAAUUGAUAUGACAGUAUAUUUCAUGGCAAAAUGCCGAUAACAAUAAAACGUUGUGCGAGAAUUUCGAAGCCUGAUGACCAGGUGAUGGACGCGGGGCGGGGAGGAGAGGGGAAGAGACAGCGAGGGCAGAGUGUGGGAAGACAGCGCGGCCAGCGGAGCCGGUCAAGAAAUCAUACGGAAAAUGUUCUCCGUUUUUCUGAUAUUUAUUUUUCAACGUAUCACUGGAGAUAGGCGCCUGCCAGGCCUAGGGUAGGCCAGCCCGCAGCACACGCAUGCACUACCACCAGGAUAUUGCAUACCCAUCAGGCGCCCGAGAGCUCGCGCUUGCGCACGGCUGGCCGGUCGGGCCUAGGGAGUCAGGCCGAUCCGGUCAGCCGGACCACGCCGACCUCACCCCUCCCGCUCCCCUCCCUCCUCCCCGCUAGGCCCCCAAGGCCCGGCCCGACCGGCCGCCCGGGCACGGCCACCCGUGUUGCCUUUGUUGCCGCGCGCGCCACAGACAACAGUUCAAAACGGCGCAGGGCGCAGGCGCGCCUGUCAACACUUCGUCAACGCUUGGUCAUAGCAACCAAACAUGAAGACGAUUACAGUCGCCAUCAAGUGCUUCAUCAAGAAAAUUAUGCCGAGUCAAGCUUUCUCUGCUGCACGCCCUCCCUGCCCCUGCGCUAGAUGGAGUUGCAGUGUGAAGGGGCGCGUGGCUUCGUGCUUCACGACGCCGUCUGCCCACCGCAGCUGCCUGCGAGGAGACAUGGUGGUGCUCAGGAGAAAAUGUGAAGAAAAAGAGUUUCAACUAGAUUUCUUAGAAGAGUCGUUCAAGGUUGAGAAGAGGAAAUUUCAGGACCUGCAGCAAGCAUUCCAGAAAAGGACGCAGGACCUAGAAGCGCAGGUUGAGAAGCUCACUCUGGAAAACAUGGAGCUCAACAAAAGAAUCGAAAUUUUGCUUGAGGUUCAGAGCAGCUGCCCUGCAAGUAGUGAGAGAGGAAGUGAUGCCACAUCGCUUUGAAUUUAUGUUAUAUGUUUGUUGUUCAUCUGGAAAUUAAUGUUGUAAAUAAUUAAGAUAUAAUGAAUGUUCAUGAAAUGAAAUUAUAAUAUCAGUUAAAAUAAAUGUUUCAAAUUUAA